AGCGGGCGCCGAUUGGAACAUUGCUCUUUAAGGAACCCGUCCUUCUGCCGUUCGACGAGCAAGGGGAGUACUCUACCGUACCAGAACUGUGGAGCAGUAUGGAGCUCUGGCAAAAGUACCGCACUGAAAACGUCGCCAGAGCGAAAUGCACGGCCAGAAACCCUCGUCAAACUGAACGGCGUAUGCUGCAUGCCUCGCUCCACACCGAAGCCACCAGACGGAGUCCGAGGAAUCAUACCACGUCCCAUCACGUUGUUGGCCCACCCUCGGACUUUGGCGCUGUGUCUCUGAUUACCGCAGCAACGACAGCCUUUGAACAGGGUAUAGCGUCUGCAGCCGAGUCUUCGUGGACAGACUUCACUGCUGGAAACUCAGAGACUGGAGGAGAAGCUGCACUCGCUAUUGACAAAGACACAGAAGGUGAAGACGGUACCGAAGUUCACACCAGCGACGGUGCUGGUACGAGUUCGCAAGCUGGUGAGCAUCCGAUCGAACUAUCCACGGCACCGACAUACAAUCCUUUCCAGUUCUCAGCAUCUCCAGCAAUCUAUGCAGUAAAGAGUGCAUGUGAGAGCUUCAGACGCUCUCCAGACCAUUGGGCGGCAGAGCCUUGUGACGGUCAACCACCUGCAAUCACUUCUACACCACCAUCCACACAUCGAGAACCACAGGCCUACUCUAGAUUGGGAGGAAGAGAGCAGAAAGCAGAGAUGCAAUGUCGGGCUAGGCCAUAUAAACGCAAGCCACCUCCUGACGAAAUCUGUUUCAUUCCGAAACGUAGCACUCCGAAACGCAAGGAACCGGCUCGGUUCGCAAGCUGCACCGAAGAGACGCCAUCAGGGUGGACCUUCGUUGAUUAUAGCGUUCCUGAGCCUAGCAUAAGGGAAGAUGAAAGUGCUGAAGCGAAGUCCUACCCCGGACAUCGCCGGAAAGGUGAGGACAAAGCAGUCCGGUAUAGCGUUUGCCCUUCAGGAUCGCAUGGAUACCGUUAAGCAUAUUGAAGGAAACCCUCCUUCACAAUCGAGCAAGCGUGUCAGGCUCAUCAACAUAGCGGAAUGCCCUUCAGGUGUUUCCCCCGAGCAUAACCAAUUGCGAAGGCGAAGCACAGAGCACAGCAAAUCUACUCACGCCCAAAAAGACCGUUCAACCUCGCCGUUAGACUAUACUAUCUAUGAUGUACUAAAUCUUUGGUGGGAAGGUGUUGCAAUGGCACUACACUCUACAAUGAACGUGAACUUUCCGCGCAAGAUUGUCUGGAAAGUCCGUACACUUCGAAGUCCGUGGACUUACCUCAUUACGUUUACAG